UUUUUUGUAAAAUGCCGUCAACAUGUGAAUUUAAUUUGAAUAGUCCUAAUGCCGUCUAUUACAGUGGCCAAGUUGUGUGUGGCUCAAUUGUGUUGAAAACCACCAGUGACAAAGAUGUACGAAAUGUACGCAUACGUUUUGUGGGUGAGGCUAAAGUGAGCUGGAGCGAAACUGAACGUCAUCGCAGAUCUGAUGGUCAUCAUGGAACCCGUACUGUAUAUUAUCGUGCCAAUGAGGUGUACAUAGACAAUUCUACCCAAGUACGCGGUGAUGGUGUUUUGCCAAAAGGCACGCAUACCUAUAAUUUCAAUAUACCCCUGCCGUUGUCCUGUCCCACUUCGUGUGAGGGUAAAUAUGGUCACAUACGUUAUGCCUUGUGGCUGAUUGUAGAGAGGCCAUUUCGCUUUGACAAUGAAUUCUCAAAACCAUUGACUGUCAUAAGAACUGUGGAUUUGAAUUUGAACCCAAUGUACAGGGUACCACUGGAAGCUGAAAAAACUAGCGCCAUUGGAUGCUGGCCCUGUGCAGGUGGUAACAUCGACUAUACCUUAAGUGUUCCCUUUGGGGCUUAUGCACCCGGUCAGACUUUACACUAUACUUUACUAAUCAAAAAUCAAUCAAACACCGAUAUAAAUGGCUAUGGUUUGGAAUUCAAUGAACACAUUACAUUUACGGCCCACACACCACGCCAUAAGACACGGGAAAAGACCACCACUUUGGCCACACAAGAACAUUCCGAUAAAUGUUUACGUCUGACAAAUCGCCUAUUUGAGGGUGAAUUAAUUUUGCCACCUCUACCACCGGAUACCGAAGGUGACUGUAUAAUACGUGUUCGACACAUGUUGGAGUUUGAGAUAUAUGUGGAUGGUUGUCAUGCUGAUAAAAGCAUAAGCGUUCCCAUAUUCAUUGGCACCAUACCCAUACGGGAGAGUAUGACAAAUAACAGCGAUUUCAGGGAAAUUGCACCAUCGGCACCAUUUUUACCCAGCGAAGAGAAUGCCGUCGGCGGUGACUUGCCUCCAUCGUAUGGUGACUUUAAACCACCAUCCUUCGAAGAGGCCAUACGUAGUCACUCUCCCUUUGAAGAUCCCGAUGCAAAUUCCCACUCAAAUGUAAUUGGUUUUAGGCCCCUAUAUCCAGUGUAUCCUCAUAAAAAUGAAACCCAAUAA